CAACCCCCAACAAUUCUCCUCACGAGUUAGGUAGUCUGAGACCCACAACAGGAGUUCUUCUUCUAUGUCUGUGAAUGUUCUAGCCAUGGACAAGGGCAAAAGGAAGAGAGGCUCACCAGAACCAACCAUGAAGCGUGCAAGGUUUCUUCCUGAUCUCAACCAACCCUUUCUUCCUGAUCUCAAUUACCCUCCUCCUCCUGAUUAUAGUGAUGAAGAGGAGCAACCACUUUUUGUUGCUCAAAAAAAUGAGGUUGUGUGGAUUCAUGAUGAAGAAAGUACUACUGGGGCAGCAACAAGGAAAGGUAAGAUGAUAAGAAAGAGUGAAAGUGGGAGCAGCUCUAACUGGAUCAAAGCAUACUGGAACAAGGUCCGUGAAUAUUGGAUAACCUCAAAGAACAAGAACGAUGCGUGCUCUGAGUAACUCAAGGUCCAGUGGCAAAGUGUUGAUAAGAAGAAUAUGUAUGUUUCAAUAAGUGUUGGUUUGCUUUAAUUUGAUCUUUGUUGUGGGAUAUAUAAAUUAAGGUUAAAUAAAUGGGGGCUUCUUUCUUUUGUGUUAAAGAGAGAUGGGGUGGGGCAAGUGUUGUAUUAUGAAAUGAGUAUAAGUUGGAGAAUCAAUAUAAUUAAUUUGGUUAUGAGUUGUGAUA